GGAUAACAAAGAUACCGACAAAUUAGAAAAAAAAAAAAAAAUUAGUAAGUAAUCACGAGGUAGAGCCACUGAAUAGUAAUCGUCCGUUCAUGAUCAAGUAAAACACACUCUGCUCGAGCAUACACGAUGAUCGUGUAAAUGAUACAUGGAAGAAAGGGACGAUAGGUGAAGACGACGGUUUUAUCCGUUUUCGUGUACAUAUCGGUAUCCAUAAAGGAGAAAUGGCUCGUCCUUCCGUUUGUAAUCCGCUUUCGUACCUUAUCACACGGCAGAUUGACAACAAUGUCGAUCACUGCAAACGUCUCGUUAACGCUAGAUUCGAAACUUCCGAAAACCUAUUUAGAAAGGAUCUGUUAUCUCAUUAUGGAUGCGUUAAUGCAAUUGAAUUUUCGAAUCAGGGAGAUCUUCUCGUCUCCGGCGGCGACGAUAAGAGAGUUUUAUUGUGGAAAGUUGAACAGGCGAUACAAGGCGUAGGUAGGCCCAUAGUGAUGAAGGCUCAACACAUGAGCAACAUAUUUUGCGUUGCUUUCAACAACAGUAAAACAAAAAUAUUUUCUGCCGGAAACGACGGUCAAGUUAUUGUCCAUGACUUACAAACGUGCGACGUUGUAAAUUUCUUCUUACACGGUAAACCUGUUUACGGCUUAUCGGUCCAUCCCCAUAACGAUAAUGUAUUUGCAAGCGCUUGCGACGGAAGAGUUUUAAUUUAUGAUAUACGAGGCUCUAUGGAAACAUUCUGCUUGGCGCAAGACAAGCAUGUUUUCCACUCCGUUAUGUUCAAUCCUAUGGAGCCUAAGAUGCUCGCUACCAGCAAUGCCAAAGGCAUUAGCAUGUGGGACGUGCGAAAACUCUUGGAGCCUGUGUUACGUUAUGGAAACGAAAGCUCCGCACAGAAUUGUAUGAAUGUUAGAUUUAAUGCGGCAGGUAAUAGAUUAUUAGCUUUGAGAAGAAGACUACCGCCUGUACUGUACGCAGUAGAUUCCACUUCGCACUUAUGCCAAUUCGAUCAUCCCGGAUAUUAUAAUAGUUGCACAAUGAAGUCGUGUUGUUUUGCUGGAGAUAAUGACGAAUACGUUCUAUCUGGUUCGGAUGAUUUUAAUUUAUACAUGUGGAAAAUUCCUUCCGAGGGUGUAAAAUGGGUAGAUUCUGCGCAUAUGGUUUUGCGUGGCCACAGAUCCAUCGUGAACCAAGUACGAUACAACCAAGCCAGUUGCAUAUUUGCCUCGUCCGGGGUUGAAAAAAUUAUUAAGAUUUGGAGUCCAUUUUCUCUUGGACACGGCUGCUUAGGUGGAUUAAAGAAGGACGUUGGAUCCAGAGAAAGGCAACGGAAAAUAUUUACACACAACGAGUACAUCGGAUUGGUGUUACGUAGCGGUCAAUUCAUAACGCAUGAUUAUAGUCACCAAUCGACCGGAGAAGAUCCAAGAAUGAUGGCGUUCUUCGAUUCUUUGGUACAACGUGAAAUAGGGGAUUGGAGUUACGAACACACGACAUCAGCGCCCGAGACAACCAGCGAUUCUGAAAAUAAUUCCACGACUGGACUUAGUACAACGGACUCCGAUGAUUCGACUGCACCCAAUCGUCGAUUAAUGCUAUGCAUUUUAGGACUGAUAACAUCUCGUAGAUCCUUUAGAGACGAAGUGGCUCCCGGAAGGCCCUCGGUAUAUCGGAACCGUAUAUCGCGACUGAUAGUAAAUCGCAGAGAGAAAUUAAUGCGGCUCGCGGAUAUGGAUUAUGGCACGCCGUUAAACAACGCCUCUACCACAGCAGCUGGUCCAUCCGCUUCGGGUUCCGCCAGCGACGGGGAGAACGCGCAAAUUAAAUGCAGAUCCAAAUCAAAAUUAAAAGGUAUAAAGAGAAAACACGGUAAAAUUUCUGGAAGAAGAAGCAAAGCUAGAAGAAAGUGUACCCUGUUGCAAAUUAAUAGCGAUUCCAAUAGCGACGAACAGCCUAUCGAUACAACCCAACCUAGCACCAGUUCCGGUGUAAUCUCUAGAAGAUCACGAUACGUUACGAACGCGAUCGAAAGCGACACGAAACAUUCGAGUUACAGUAGCAGCAGUUCGGAAGAUAACGAGAGUUCCGUAAAGCGGAAAUGUUCGAAAACUGAUUCUGAUACCUCGACGGUAGUGUACAGAAAGAAACACGGUAAAUGUAAAAGUAAUACCAAAAGUGAUACUAGUAAAAUGAAACGCAAAGGGCCGCAAGUUAAUUACGACACCGAUGACGAGAAACAGGAUUGGAAGAUUUAUUUAAACGGCGUCUCUACGACGAAGGUUCAAGAUGACGGCCCGUCGACGCCCGCGAACAAAUCAUGCAAGGUUCCAUCGACACCGGACAGUGGCAUCACAUCAGAAGUAUCCACGGUCGAGAAGAACGGCGAAGAAACGCAGAAAGAUCGAAACAACGCUGAGAGUUCGGACCACGAGCAGAAACUGAAAAAUUUAGAGUGUUUUAGAAAAAAAGUGGAUGUCGCGAGAAGAAGUUAUCGUACGCCUUUAUCACAAACCAUCUCGACUACAACCGAUUCUUCCGAUUAAACAUCUAUGUAACCUUCAGAACCUUUUGAUCCAUUUCCCAUUGUACAUAAUGAAUAUGCGAUUCCUUGAAGUAUAUUUUUAUAACACUUGAGUUCGAUCACACGCGAAUAUGGUUUUUCUAUCUUCUUCGAGAAUUUUAUUAUUUUUUUUCUUUCUUUUUUUCUGUCAUUUUCAUUUUUCUCGGCGUCUUUGUCGUUCAUAAGGAUCUUUACGAAGUAAUUUUUAUUGGAAUCUCUUAUGGAUGCAGGACACCUUCUAUAAAUAUUUUAUGGCAAUCUCUUAAUGAUACAAGACUGUUCCAGAGUAAUAAUACUUUAAACCAUUAAUAAUACAUGUACUUUCACCGUAUGUAGCGAUCAUUAUCCGUGAACUAAUCACAAAUCAAGUAUUUUCUUCUUUUUCGUCGUUACGAAAAAUAAAACGAAUUUAGUGGUUUCGCAUCUUUGGAAAUUAAUGGCCGUCAUAGUAAUUAUUUAGAACUCUCGUUUAUUAUUACGAGGUAAACGUGUUUGGAUAUGACCAUUAAAAUAAUAUGUAAUCGAAACUACAGCAAAACAACGCCGAGAGAUAUAUAGGUAAAUUAACGUAUCAUUAGCUAUAAUAAAGCAACCCGGCUAAUGUGUAUUGUUGACAUGAUUUGUAAGCGUGAUGGAAAAUAAUAAAAAAAUAAAUUGAUACGUGUGCUUAUGUGUAUAUAUAUGUAUGUAUACAUGUAUAUAUACGUAUUUCUAUAUGUAUGUAUGCAUAUAUAUCAAGAUACAUGAUGUCACAUAACCAGGGUGAAACACGUAUCGUCCUUCCACGGGAAGAAGGCACAGCGUGUUUACAUCCCCACUCUUGCUGCAGUCCGUUGAUUGGCCGACAUCGAUUUUCGUCGCCGUUUUCGACCAAUGUCUGUGAGUCAGCGGACUGCAACAGGAGUGGGGAUGUAAACACGCUGUGAUUUCUUCUCGUGGAAGAAUGGUAACUGAAAUCACUUCGAUUACGUCGUAAAUAAUUUUAGCGGCAAAUGUUUCGGUUAAAACGUGCACCUCGCCGAUUUUGAUCAUUUUUAAAUGUGUUGUGGAACUCAAUAUUUUGAACAAGCUUUUUUUAUACAUACAAGGUGUUCGGCCACACCUGGGAAAAAUUUUAAUGGGGGAUUCUAGAGGC